AUGCCCCUCGACGUUGAGCCUUCCGAUCGUCUAGGCCUAAGGCUGCCCAAUCCCCCUCCGCUGCUGCACACCCGCUCGGGCAACGUUCCUCUGGAUCGCCCCUCCACCCCCGCCGACAAUGGCUUCACCAGUCCCGUCCAGACUCCGCAGGGCAGUCCCAGCAAAAGCCGAUUCCCUCCCGGUGCCCUCGACCUCCCCAAUGUAUUCGACAAGGCCUUGAAACUGAACCCCACCUCGCCCACCAAGAGCCAAUACAACCACUAUGAUCAUCCCAUGUUCGCGCCGCCCAAGGGGUCGGUGGAAGACUUCAGCGAGAGCGUGAUUCGUUCCCCUCAGGCCAGUCCGACGCGCAAGUCCAAUAAAGAAAACACCCCCCCUAGUCCUACUCGAACGACGAAACCACUCGGUCCGAAUCCCGCGGCAGCAGCUAUCUCCCGUCAUGAACCCUACCAGCCUCGCGACAUGGAAAGCAUCCAGCGACGUCAGGUCCCGAUGCGCGGGUUGACGCCGGAGGAGAUGGAAAAACUGCAGGACCCUCGAGUCAAGCGACUGGUCAACGUCACCCAAUUAUACUUCCUCGAUCACUACUUCGAUUUACUCAGCUAUGUUCACAACCGCCAGAAUCGUCUUACCCAGUUCCGAGCGGCACACCCCGAGCCUCCUGCGACGUCGAUGGAUGACUAUGAGCCCGCCCUUUUAAAAUACCUAGGACGAGAGCGCGCUCACCUGCGCAAGCGUCGCACCCGAUUGCGCCAACAUGACUUCCAAAUUUUGACCCAGGUGGGCCAAGGUGGGUACGGUCAGGUGUAUCUGGCACAGAAGAAGGACACCCGGGAAGUGUGCGCAUUGAAGGUUAUGAGCAAAAAACUCCUGUUCAAGCUGGAUGAAAUUCGACACAUUCUGACGGAGCGUGAUAUCCUCACGGCCGCCAAGAGCGAGUGGCUCGUCAAGCUGCUGUACGCGUUCCAGGACGAUACCCAGAUCUAUCUGGCCAUGGAGUACGUGCCGGGAGGAGAUUUCCGCACGCUGCUGAACAACACCGGGGUUCUGCAUAAUCGCCAUGCGCGGUACUAUAUCGCCGAAAUGUUCAGCUGCAUCGACGCUCUACAUGCUCUAGGCUACAUUCAUCGCGAUCUCAAGCCAGAGAACUUCCUCAUCGACUCGACCGGUCAUGUGAAAUUGACUGAUUUUGGGUUAGCAGCGGGCAUGUUGAAUCCCGGCAAGAUCGAGUCGAUGCGGGUGAAGCUGGAGGAGGUAGGCAACACGCCGGUGCCGUUUGGCCGCCCGAUGGAGCAGCGUACGAUGGCCGAACGACGGCAGGGGUACCGGACGCUACGAGAUCGACAAGUUAACUAUGCCAAGUCGAUCGUCGGGUCGCCCGACUACAUGGCACCCGAAGUGCUCAAGGGCGAGGAAUAUGACUUUACGGUGGAUUAUUGGAGUCUCGGGUGUAUGCUGUUCGAGGCGCUGGCCGGAUACCCGCCAUUUGCAGGCGCCACGGUGGAUGAAACGUGGCAAAACCUGAAGAACUGGCAGAAGGUGCUGCGCAAACCGGUUUACGAAGACCCCAAUUACUUCCUGUCGCGUCGCACAUGGGAUCUAAUCACGAAGCUUGUGGCCUCGAAGGACCGACGAUUCAAGAACAUCCAGGAGAUCCACUCGCACGACUACUUCAGCGAGGUUGAUUUUGACCGCUUGCGCGAGCAGCGCGCGCCGUUUGUGCCCGAGCUGGAUUCGGAGACGGAUGCCGGAUACUUUGACGACUUCUCCAGCGAGGCGGACAUGGCCAAGUACAAGGAGGUUCACGACAAGCAACGAGCAUUGGAAGAGAUGGCGGAACGAGAUGAUAAGAUGAACAAGGGACUGUUUGUUGGGUUUACAUUUCGGCAUCGGAAACCGGCCAUGGACAACUCGGGCCGGAGCUCACCGCGGAAGCCGAUACCAACCGACGGAUCAUUCGGCACGAUGUUCUAA